AUGGGAGGAUAUAGCUCAUCACAAUCUGUGAAGAAGAUUAUUGAAAUUAAUCCCUACAUGCUUGGCACAAUGGCUGGAAGAGCUGCUGAUUGCCAGUUUUGGCACAGAAAUUUGGGCAUUAAGUGCCGACUGCAUGAACUUGCCAAUAAGCGAAGGAUUUCAAUUAUAAAUUCUUCAAAGCUGCUAGCAAACAUUCUAUAUUCUCACCGUGGAAUGGGUCUAUCUAUUGGGACCAUAAUUGUUGGUUCUGUGACGAGCAAUGAAGGAAGCCGAACCAGUCACGGUUGGAAUCCAUGGCGUCCAGAAAACUGA